CCCUCUCUCUUACUCACACACGGAUACACAAUCUUCCACACACGCUGCCUCUCGGUCUGUAUUGGAAGACAGCGCAGCACAUGCAGUAAUUCCCGCCACUUAAUUGAUUAACCAGGCUGCUUAUUUGAAGUGGCUAAUUAGAGGGGGAGUGUGUCGAGUGUGUGAGGAGUGCUGGGGAGUCGCUGGUGCGCUUUAUCUCAGUGCGCGUGUGUGUGAGUGUCUGUCUGAGGAGCUCCGGUACCACACUUCACUCUGGAGCAGGAGGAGGAGAGAAGAAGAAGAGAAUAGAUAGAGAGGCAGCUGGGUGGGGAGAUUUUCACAGCACUCUCCCUCAUCUGACAUGGCCUCUGCGUAGGAAUCUGGUGCCACUGCAACAGAGGAGCAGCUAGGCAGCAGCGAGGUGUCUAAGGUGUGAGGAGAGAGAGAGUGCUGGAGAGAGGACAGGAGAGAGAGAACGAGAGAAUGAUGGCGGCGGAGGAGGAGAAGCCGGGUUUGAAGAGCAGCAGCUCCAUCGUUCCCUGCUUCUUGUUUGUUGAGCUGGUGAUCAUGGCAGGGACGGUUCUCCUGGCGUACUACUUUGAGUACACAGACACGUUCCCCGUGCACAUCCAGGGCUUCUUCUGCUACGACAAGACGUUCUCCAAGCCCUACCCCGGCCCGGAUGAAACCAGCAAGAUACCCCCACUGCUGGUCUACUCACUGGUUACAGGCAUCCCCUGCUUCACGAUCCUGAUGGGGGAGCUGGUGGCAUUCUUUCUGAAGGCCGAGGGGACGCAAGAGAAGACCAUAGUGACAGCAGACUGCUGCUACUUCAACCCCCUGCUGCGACGCAUCGUCCGCUUCCUAGGGGUGUUCUCCUUCGGCCUGUUCACCACCACCAUCUUUGCCAACGCGGGUCAGGCGGUUACAGGAAACCAGACGCCUCACUUCCUGUCUGCCUGCCGGCCUAACUACACGGCCCUGGGGUGCACAUCCAACAUGCAGUAUAUCACCCAGCCCCGUGCCUGCACUGGAAACCCCCUGGUAGUGGCAUCCGCACGCAAAUCCUUCCCCUCCAAGGACGCAGCCCUCAGUGUCUACUCUGCAGUCUACACUGUGAUGUAUGUGACGCUGGUAUUCCGGACCAAAGGCACUCGGCUGACCAAGCCUACGGUCAGCCUGACCCUGCUAUGCCUGGCCAUGCUGGUGGGGGUGGUCAAGGUGGCAGAGUACCGCAACCACUGGGCCGAUGUCCUGGCCGGCUUCUUCACUGGAGGAGCCAUCGCUGUGUUUCUGGUGACUUGUGUGAUCAACAACUUCCAGCAGACGAGGCCCCCUCCCCCUCCCCCGCGGCCACAGCGCCCUGAGUCGGUGCUAGGCAUGCCCAUGGUGGCUCUGCCCUGUGUGGAGAGUCCUCUCGAAAAGUUAAGUGGAACUCAGCAUCCUGCACUCUCCUCCUCCUGCCCUCCCUACCAUCCCUACGUUCACCAGCCAUUCUGACCAACUUUUGAUCUGUUUCUCUUGCUCCUCACUCGUUUUUCUUUUUUUCAUCACUCUUUCCACCCCAUCUUUCUCUCUCUGUCUCUUUCAUUCCCUCUCUCUCUCCUUCUUCCUCUCUCUCUUCUCUUCUGUCCCUCCCUCUCUCUUUUUCACUCCUCUCUCUCCCCUGCAGACUCCGAGGGGAUCUCCUUUCACAGAGAUCACAUGACCAUCAGCCGUAUCGGUUCCCCGCCACCCCAGAUGUCCUCAUUCCGUCUCGCUCCAUUUCCAGCGAAGUCUAGACCAGCCACACGAACAUGAACACUCACACGAACACCACUGUGCCGCCCACCCGGCAGGCCGCUACUCCACCCUCUACAGAUCCUACUCCACACAGGUCUAGACUGUCAAAACACACUCACACAAACACAACACACACAGCAUACUCAGACCUCUACAAACCUCCCCCUAACCUUGUCCAAGCCCAAAUCCCUGGGGGAACCGAGAGGUGAGCUCUCAAAGUGAGACUCACAAAGACUUAACAGCUUUCCAGCUGAACAUUCACUACAGUGUCAGGUACAGGUAUGCCUCUUUCAUUUAGUUGUUUUCUGAGGCUUCUUUUUUGUUUUGCAGACUUUUUUUGAAUGUGCUUCAUUGUGUGAAGUACACAUUUCACUGAUAUCACAAGGUGAUGUUUCAUCUUCUACGUGCUUGUAAGGAGAAACUGUCAGAAUCCAUUUGAGAACUGUGUUCUUUUAUGUUUUCAACUGUCUGUUGGAGAUGUCCUCACAGGCAAUGCAGCCAGUCAUCCUGAAACCCUUCAGUCAUUUGUGUCUCUGUACACUUUUAAGAAGAAUCCAAACAACCGCUCAAUGAACGCUCUCUGCUGGCUUUAGGGCUCAUUUUCAGUAUCCUAGAAUGCGCAAAUCAUCAAAUAUCUGCACGAGUCAACAAACUCAAGUGAACAAAUGUUUAUGGACCAAUCACUUUCUGUAGCAACGGUGGUACUUAAUUACUGUACCUUCCAAAUACAGCAUAGAGACAACACACACAGAUCAGGAUCCUGGUAGGUCUACACACACUGCAUUAGCUCUCUGGCAGACCUCUCUUCAGCUCUGCAUGACAUUACACAGGUCAAAGGAUUCUGUUCAUAUCACUGAGGAGAAGACAAUACAA